UGCCCCUCCAAACCCCACUCUUCCCUUAACAAUAUAUCUCAACAUGCCCAACUCCAAAACCCUCGAUCACACCACCAACCCCUUCAGGACAAUGUACGGCGAUGCCGGCGGGCUGGUCGGCGCCGGCCUCUGCCUGCUCCAGCGGAAUCCGGCUGCCUCAGCGCCUGCCCAGCCGGGGGAGCGUAGGGGGAGGAAGAAGCAGGCGGCCGAGCCGGGGCGGUUCUUGGGCGUGAGGAGGCGUCCUUGGGGACGGUAUGCAGCGGAGAUACGCGACCCGACCACCAAGGAGAGGCACUGGCUCGGCACGUUCGACACUGCUCAGGAGGCCGCCCUCGCGUACGACCGGGCCGCCCUAUCCAUGAAGGGCGUCCAAGCGAGGACCAACUUCAUCUACUCUCACGACCACCAUGGACUCAUUCAUCAUCCCAACGACGGUCUCCACAGUUCCAUGUUCUUUGGUGGGCCCUUCGAUGUCCCACGGCAGGCUGCGGCCAUUGUCGUGCCACCUCGUCCGCCCACUCCACCGCCACAGGUUAAUUAUAAUUACCAAAAUGCCAUCGCGAAGUGCUCGCCCAAUCAGUACCGGCCACCUCAGCAGACAUCCGACCAAUCGAAGGCCGAGGAAGGCAGUGGCCACGGAGACUUCUUCCUCUUCUCCCGAAGUGAUGGCUCUCACGAUAACUCAGGAUACUUGAACUGCAUUGUCCCUGAGAGCUGCUUGAAGCCACCGAAAACCUCGGAAACUUCGAACGCCUCGGACCCCAUCAACAUAAUCGUUAAUGACCAAUCGCAUUUUGGUGGGACCGACGACUGUGAGCUCGUGACCAGCUGGGGCUGCGAGGAUCACCCGAUCACAAAGUACUGGGAGAGCUCGGGCGAGCUCGAGGAUGUGAUUGGUAGGUGCAAUGAUACGGGAGGCCGUUAUAGCUACUCCGGACCCGUUGAUCACUACACCAGCUCCUUCUCCUCCUCUUCUUCUUCUUCUUGCUCCCCUUCAUUUUCGACGGGUUAUGGUGAACCAGUCGAUUACAGCUAUUAUUCGCUCUUUAGUUAGCUAGUGAUCAGGUUGAGAGCAAUGGUUUUUUUUUUUUUUUUUGGCCUUGAUAUGUAUUACGGCUUUGUCUUUUGUGUUCUUAUUUAAUUUGCGUCGAGGGUUUACAUAUUUUUGGUGCUGUAAUUUUGAUAACCUAAUGGGCAUAUAUACAAUUAUUGUCAAGUAAAUAUUUCGAUCGUCCAUCAAAAAAGGAAAAGUAAAGCAUUUGAUCCCUAGGGUACAUUUCACUCUUUUAAUACGUUCGGUGAAGUGUUCUCAAUUUGGCCCUGGUUGAGAUGUGAUAUUGGAGGGUUUUCAAAUCCCUUACGCUAUAUGUAAAAUCUCUUCAUAUGAAUUGUAAUUUGCUAACUAUAUCAUAUCUUGCGAAAAAAUAUUAAAAUAUCAUGAAAUCUAUGAAUAAAUUACUUAAAAACUUAAAAAUUUUGUCCUUCCUCAAAUGGCACGUCCCAGGAUUAUGUCGAAUGGCUUGUCCCCCGGGAUCACGAGAGCCGCACCUGGAAUUUUGAGCUGGAACAAUUCAGGCCAAUAAUGCCUUCACUGUCCCCACGAUUUCGCUAA